ACAUUUUAAUUUCAGUUUUCCCUUUGUAUAUAAUAAUAAUUUUUAUCAUCUCGGCAACAAGUUCAAUAAAACAGAAUCAACGAAUUACGGGGUGUAAAUUUAAAGGAAUGUCGAAAACAUCCGGUUAAAAAAACUAGGGCAUAAAAAAAGUAAUUCGCAAUUAAAAAUUACCUCGAUCAUGAAUAAAAUCACCAGGUUCAAGGAGAGAAGGAACUAUGAGCAGAGAAGUAGGGAUGUUGAAGCUAUCAGAUGUCAACAUGAUGACAAGAUACCAGUAAUAAUUGAAAGAUAUGAAAAGGAGAAAAACUUACCUAUGCUUGACAAAACCAAAUUUCUGGUGCCUGAUAAUGUUAACAUGAGUGAGCUGGUGAAAAUUAUAAGACGUAGAUUGCAGUUGAAUUCCUCUCAAGCUUUCUACCUCUUAGUAAACAACAGAACCUUGGUCAGUAAUACAACACCAAUAGCAGACGUUUACCGGAAAGAAAAAGAUGAUGAUGGAUUCUUGUACAUUGUAUAUGCUUCACAAGAAACUUUUGGGUGAUCAGAUACAGCAUUAUUCAUAAGUCAAACAAUUGUGAUAUUGUCAUACAAGCAAGUCAGAUUUAUCAAUGCAUUUUAUGACCAUUUUUUUAAUCAUAAACUUUUUUUAACACUUAAGGUGGUACCCAACACUUUAACUAAAAUUAAUUUGGCUCGUUUAAUUUUCUUAAAAUUUUGACAAAGUAUUCACUUUAACCCUUUGACAAAAUUUAAAAAUUUCAAAAAAUUUGAACCAACUGUUUUAUCAGAAAAAUUACACUGGUUAUAUAGCAGUUUGACAAAAACUUAUUUUGGUCUUUGAAAAGCUUAAUUUCCCCUUAACAACACAACGUAAUUAAAACGUUUAGUUGAUUUUACAGAGUUAUCUCCCUGUAGUAAUAGGUACCACCUUAACUGGACUAUACAAAGCUGGCAUAAUUAUUUUUGAAUCUGACAACAUAUGUUCCGGUACAUACAUUAUUUAUAAAAUAUACAUGUAUAUUAUUCAGAACACUUUUAACAACUAUGUGUAGCCAAUUGUUAGAUUAUUUGUUUAAGUAUUAAAUUGUUUUUAUUUUUUAUGAUACUAUAAUUUGGCAUUGGAAAUUAUUCUAUUCAGUAUGAGGAAUAUGGAUUCAAAUAACCAGAAUUUGAGCAAAAACUGACUGUGUUAUGAUUAUCAAUUCACCAUGACAUCACUGGCAUUGAUUAUAUUGGAUUUGUGUAAUUUUAACAAAGUGAUAAUGCCUCCUAAAUUAUACAUUCAAAGUAAAUAUUUACCAAACAAAUGAAAAAAAAUGAUGCAUAUUGUUACAUUUAUUUAAUCAGUUAAAGUUCAUUGGAUACUUUUGAAGGUUGUUAUUAGUAAUCUAAAGAAAAUAUAUAUGUAAAUAAAAGAAAGAAGUAAAGUAAACAAAUCUGUUAGGUAUCCAUACAGCAGUACUAGUUCUCAUCACAAUGUCUUUUGUGUGCUGUAUGGAACCCUUCUUAUCUAUCUUUAGCUACUGCUUUUGCUUCAAAAUUUCUUUGCUCUCUGUGAACUGCAUCCAUGCUGUCAUCCACCAUUUUAUUUAACUAGUUCCUGUUUGAUAUUUGUUUUCACUGCCAUAUUCAGCAAUAAAGAUGUUUGGAUUAACUUGGGAACAGUUAGUUUGAAAAAUGUAUAUAAAUGUUAAAGGGGAUAGGAAAAACUCAUUACAAUUAAGUUAAUUAUGCUUUUAUUAUAUUUUGAAAUGUUUAUUUAUAAAUCUUCUGAAUGUGGGAAUACCAUGUUUAUAAGUACUAUAAAAUCUUGGUCGCAAUAGGCAUGGAUCUGUCAUUAAAAUAAACAAUUCUCUGAUUGUACAUGUUAAACACAUGCUCAAUACCCAUGCUUUUUGUUAUUUUUUUACCAAAAGGUAACAAUCAGUAAACUUCGGCUUCAAAACAAGGCAUUUGAUGAGAAGCCAUAUUUUUUAAAUCAUAACAGACAGAGAGAAAAAAAAAUGACGAUUGUAAGUUAUAUUUGCUUAAAAAAUGAAAAAAUCGUUCACAGAGGACUUAGUUUAUGAUAUAUAUAUAUAUACAUGCAUUGGUUCAAGAAUUGGAUAAACCUUUUUUUUUCUUCACCACUUCCUCGUUUCAUAUGACUUUAAGCAUGUGUUCAACAAAUAGUCAAGAAUAAAUUUUUUUUUUCAUGUUACAUAUAAUUUAAGAUUUGUGUUUUGUUGUAGUUGGCAUCAAAGUAGAUAUAGAUAGUAAAAGAUUGUAUGUUUGUAUUUUUAAUUUUAAUUGAUAUACGAUACCCUGUAGGUGUAUUGUGAAAAAUGGAGGACACAUUUUUUAUACAUGUACUUUGUGAAUUUGCCUUUCAAUAUCUGUCUUUCACUAGUAUUAAUUACUUCUUUUCUAUAAAAAAAAAAAUGUAAUUUUGUCAAUUUUUGCUGACUGGGGUUUAUUUUGAACAUAGACCUUACAAGGAAGACAUUUUGAUCAAACACUGUGUUUUAAUCUCAAGAAACUACUAGAUGACAAUAGUCUUACUGUAACUGGGUUUUUUUUGGCUCUGAAAUUGCCAAUUACAAUAUAUAUAUAUAUAUUUAACAAUUAAAUACCAGUAAGCUUUGUUUUGAAAAUUAAGAUAGAGUGUGAAUUUUUUUAACAUAAAAUUAUCACAUUUAUACUACUCCUUUUUUACACUUUGCUAGUUUUGUUUUAUUUGGCGAAUUUUAUUGAAAUGUCUAACAAGUCUUUUUUUCACAGCAGAUGAGCAUUUUAGGAUAAAUAAAUAAUAUUCAUUAGGAAACUAUGCAAAUAUGUUCUUGUUUAAAUCAAGUGUAUUUACCACUGUUAAGGGUACUUUUGUCAGUACCUUUAGUCAGAGAUAAAAGUCUUUUUUAAUUGUUGCACUUGUAUAUCUAUUUGUAUUCUUAUAUAGCACAUUAAUAUGGUUAAUGUAUUAUAUAUAUAUUUUUCUUAGGAUCAAAUAGAUAAAAAUUUAGAAAUGAAUAACGAAGAUUUAAUAUUUUCAGGAAAUUUAAAAUCAUAAUUCUUCUAGUAUGACUUUGAUAUACUAGUAACUGAUUUCUAAAGUUUUUAUAAUUACAAGGCAAUGUUAGUUACUGGUAAAUCCAAGGACUUAAAUAGGACUUAUAUACGUCCUUGGUAAAUAUGUUAAAAGUUUCCAUGAAAUGCAUACAAUUUAUACCCCAAAAAAUAUUUAAAGUCUAAAUUUAUUCUAUCAAUAAAGUAUCAUAAUUAGGUAAUACUUGCAAUCUUCCUUGAUUUUAAGGAAAUGAACAUGUUGAAACUGGUUUAUUUAUCAUAAAGUAGGGUAUUCAUGAUUUUCUGAAACCAAAUUAAAAAAAUUAUGGUGAAUGUAUUAAAAUUUAAUGAUACAAUUGAUGUAUAAUAUUGUAAAUAAAAUAAAACAUGUCAAAAUCUGUUA